AUGUGUUAUGUGGGCAAAGCAACCAAGAUCUUCAUCUUUAUCGUCACAGUCCUGGUGGUUACUGGCCUCGUUCUUGGAUUCGGCAUCCUCCGCCGCCGCAGUCACAAGAACCACGAUUGCUCCGGCGACUCCUGCCUCGAGUCUCCGGAGGUUUUCCCCGCCGCCCCCACCCUCACCCCCAACCCCAACCCCAACCCCAAUCCCAUUCCCAACCCGCCUCCACCGCCGUAUCCGCCCAUCCCAAAUCCCGGCUCAUUCCCUCUUCCCCCUCCCCCGCCCGCAGUGGUUGGCAGCACGGCGCAGCCGCCGUCUUUCGCUCCGCCAAACCCAGUGGUGACUCCGGGUCCGAUGCAGGCUCAUUGA